AUGGCUAGAACAAUACACCUCGAAGGCACCACCCUCGAAGGAGGCGGCCAACUCCUUCGCCUAGCAACCUGCCUCUCAACACUGACCUCCACACCCAUCAGCAUCACCAAUAUCCGGGGCAAGCGUUCUGGUGGCGGCGGCCUCAAAGCGCAACAUCUCACAUCCGUGCAGUGGCUGGGCACUGCCUCCAACGCCCGCAUAUCUGGCGCCGAAUUAAAGAGCAAGGAGAUCACGUUCACGCCCGGAAGUCGAAGCACGAGUGGACUAAAGUGGCGAAAUGGAGGCGACGUGCACAUUAAGCAGAAUACGCCUGGUAGCGUCAACUUGGUGUUACAGGCGGUGCUGCCAUGCAUGUUGUUUGCCAAUCUCGGCAGCGAGGACGCAGAAGUGGAUGAAAAGGUCAGGGUGAAGAUAACAGGAGGCACGAAUGUUUCGAACUCACCGAGUUGUGAUUACAUCGAGCAAGUCCUGGUUCCUAUGCUGUCACUCAUUGGCAUCCCACCCAUCGAAACGCACAUUCAUUCAAGAGGCUGGUCGCAGGGCGGCGCGACACUAGGAAGCGUCACCUAUAUCCUCACGCCACUAAGAAAACCGCUCCCAGCCUUCCAGCUUUUAGAUCGAGGAGAUGUGCAGAGCGUUCGAGCAACGAUAUUAGCGCCGAUAGAUACAGAGCAGCAGUUCCGUGACGAGCUGGACGUCAUGUUCGAGCGACUGGAGGCGAAAAUCUUUGGGAGCAGGGAGCCCAAUGUGGACAUCACUUUCGAGGACUCGAAGCAUGAGAAGAGAUAUUACCUUCUGUUGGUAGCUACUACUACUACUGGAAUCAGACUCGGCCGCGACUGGUUAUAUGACCGUAGUAUGAGGGGUGUCAAAACUGAUACAGUGAUCUCAAGCAUAGUCAAAAAAGUAACUGACGAUCUUAUCGAGGAGAUUGAACACGCUGGGUGCGUGGACGAGCAUAUGCGGGAUCAGCUUGUGGUGUUCCAAGCGCUGGCUGUAGGGAAGAGCAAUGUGUACGGUGGAAAGAGGAAAGAAGUGCUUGUCGAGCCCAGCUUGCACGCGAAGACUGCUCAUUGGGUCGCGAAAGAAGUCAUCAAUGUCCACUUCGACGACAGUGGUGGUUGUAAGGGACUCGGGUUCGGCGCUGAUGCUGAGGGAAGUACAGAACAUGCGAUCACGGAGAAUGUAGGAGAAGGUUUGGAGAAGCUGGAAAUUACUGGAGACUGA